CACCCCUAGGGGGACUCUUACUGAGUCACUACAUACCACUAGUUUAUACCGAAGCAGUGUUAUCAGCUACACUACAGUGCAGACGAACUUGUAAAGGAAAUUAUACUCAUUACUUGCAGUGGAUCAGCCAGUAACCUACUCGGGAGAUCUCGUGUGAGUGCGUGGGCCUCAACACGGAAGAGAUAUAACUAUGGAGUACGACUUCAGCUCACUACCGGAAGUCGUCUGGGUGGAAGUGAUGUCAUAUCUAGGUUUCCGUGACCGCUACUCGUUGUCUUUAACAUGCCACACUUUACAUUCUGUUUUCUCACACCCAUCUCUUUGGAAGUCUGCAAAAAUAUUUCUUCUUGGAGGAACAAACAACUUCGGUCCGUGUAAAACGUUCAUGCUGAAAACGAGUUUCAAAACAAUUGAACGGUUUGGAACACUGUUCCGGGAUCUUACGAUAACAAUAUCGGGUCACGUGAAAGGUGUGGAUUCAGAUUCAAGAUCACUUCUUGAACAUUUGGCUGAACAUUGUUGUCUGGAAAGUUUGACUCUAGAAGCCGGUCAGAUGGUUUCCAGUUUUCACAUCGGAGGUACGAAACCAAACGAACAAGACUUGCUGGCUAUAGUGUCCCUCAUUAACAAAGCAUCCAGGUUGAAAAAAAUCAGUGUCAUCUCCUGGCCUAUGUAUCCAGAUAUAUUCGGCAAGCCUGAGUUGAAUAUUUUUCACGCCAUGAUGUUAAACGAAAAACUUAAGAACCUAGAAUCUCUGAGUUUGUUUUGGACCAAGAGAGAUUGGUCAGAGUUGAAUCCACUGUUGCCUUCCCUCGAAUACACACUUCGCUUGGUGACUAAUUUCAAACAGCUUACUCACCUCGCUGUUCGGGCUGUCAUGUUGGACAGCGACAUCAUGCGUGAGCUUGCAGAGUGUGGUCGAGCCAAGAUGAAACUCCUUCAAGUGUUUGUCAGCUCCAGGCCUUUGGUCAGUUCGCCGACUCAAAGGCAGCGUCUUUCUUUCAGAGACUGGGUACACCUUGUCCUAGCAUGUCCUCAACUGCAGGUGGAGGUUGUCAUUAUGUCUCCAAUACGAGAUGAAGACCUGGCCGACAUUCUGAAUCCGCGGACACCGUUGACAUCAGUUACCUUCUUGAAACACUCUGGUUGUAAUGACCAGCUGCUGACGUCUCUAGCUAACAGCUAUGAAAACACUUUAAAACAGUUUGUAUGUCACUGCAUGAUGACCGAUAUUGACGAAUCCUUGCUAUAUCUUGUAACAAGAUGUCAUCAGAUGGAAGAGCUAGUGGUUACCCAGGCGUUAAAGCACGAAACGGUGGCUAUAAUACAGGAUUUACGGAGGUGGAACAAACUGAAUCUGACAAAACAGUAAAGUUAAGCAGGUUCAAUUUUCGAGAUUAUUUUAAUGCUAGUUUGAUUAAGAAUUCGGCCUAUAUCGGCGUAUUAGUUUGAAAAAUCGAAAUAUUCGAGAGAUUGGUGUUUGAGUUAACGAAGUUCAACUCUGACCUGUAUACGUACAUGUAUACGUGUAUAUCAGGAAUGUUUUUGACGCUGUAUAAGUAUUAAAUUGAGGGGUUUUCCUUUUUAUUGUUAUUUUGUUGGGGAUGUUGUUGUUAGCUUCUUUUUUGUUGUUGUGUCUGUUGUUUCAGCAUAAUAAAAACAUAGAUCAGGGACGAAUCCGCAAUCAUUAAGCAUGCACUGACCUUUAAAGUUUUAGAAUCAUUAUGCAUGUAUGCACUGAUGUAUGAAUAUCUAUAUAUGGUAUGUAUGUCGGGCUUGACUAUUAAAUGAAUUGAUAUUAACGUACUGCUGCAUUGGAUAAUUCCUUUCUGGCCUCACAAAUUUCCUCAUGCCGUUACUGGAACUCGAACCUGCGGCAACGAAUGGCCCGCAACUUGCAGGCUUGCCACGAUACGUUCUGAGCUAUCAAGACAUCCAUGUAUGUAUGUGUAUAUAUAUGUAUGUGUAUAUGUAUGUAUGUAUAUAUGUAUGUAAGCCUAUAUAUUUACAUAAUAUACUUUUCUAUUGUGAAAAUACUUUCCAUUUGGCCAAUUAAGAAAUAAAUACAUUUACUGUU